GGUAUCUCCAUAACCCCGGCGAAGUCUAAGAUCUAUUUCGCGGUGCUCUUCCUCCACUGCCACUGCCUAUCUCCGGCGCCGGUAGACCUGACGCCGCUCCCAUCAUCCAAUCAUAGCCGUCUAUCACUGUCUUCUCAGGCCGGCUGGGAAAACUGGAUGGAUCACCUGUCGUACGAUCCCUACUACCUGCAACCAGAUACUGAUCGGAGCUUGAUCAAGACGCUCUUCGUUUCGGGGCUUCCAGACGACGUUAAGGCGCGUGAGAUUCACAACCUUUUUCGCCGUCGCCCUGGCUUUGAGUCUUGCCAGCUUAAGUACACUGGCCGUGGUAACCAGGUUGUUGCAUUUGCUACCUUUUGCAAUCAUCAAUCAGCAAUUGCUGCGUUGCAUGCAUUAAAUGGUGUAAAGUUUGACCCUCAAAAUGGAUCAGUCCUUCAUAUUGAGCUGGCCAGAUCAAACUCAAGAAGAAAAUCUGGGCCUGGUAGCGGUCCCUAUGUAGUUAUUGACAAAAGAACUAAAGCAUCAGAAAAUGCCCAAGAAACGUCAGGUGAUGAUGAAGAAAGUGAAACCGAUGAAGCAUCUAGUGCUGCUGAUGCUGAUUCUGACAUAAAAGAUGGAAUACAGACUACAAAGAGUGAGACGGCUGAUGAUCAUGAAGAUGGUAAAGUGGCUGGAAAUGAGCGGUCUGAGAAGACUGCUGAUGAAGGUAUUCCACCAUGUUCCACUUUGUUUAUAGCUAAUUUAGGUCCAAAUUGUACAGAAGAUGAACUGAAACAAGUUCUGUCACAGUAUCCUGGUUUCAAUGUGCUCAAGAUUCGGAAUAGAGGUGGAAUGCCAGUUGCAUUUGCUGAUUUUGAGGAAGUAGAGCAAGCCACAGAAGUCAUGGAGGUUCUUCAAAGUAGCCUGUUAUCAUCAUCAGACAGAGGCGGCAUGCACAUAGAGUAUGCAAGGUCGAAGAUGAGGAAGCACUAGGAAGGAGAGAAUGACUGGAACUUCCCCAAUGAUCCAGCAACCAGAGUAGCACGGCUCUCCCAUUCCUGUUUACUGGGGUUGCUAAGAACUGGCAUUGUUAGGCCAAAGGGAAUGCAUAUGUAAUAUUGACCACUGUUCUACAGCUCCUUCCUAAAUUAUGCCAUCUGCUUUUAUGCACUUCUCUGCCCAACUUGAGUGGUAUUUAGCAAUUUGUUUUCAGCA